AUGUUACCAGUUCGACGAUCAAACAGUUCACGAAGUCUUCAAUACAAGUCGCCGCCACCACCAACAUGGUGGAUGUCGCAUACACCACCACCAACAUGGUGGAUGCCGCACACACCACCACCACCGUUGGAGAUGUUGCGUACGCCACCACCGACGCAGAAGAUGCAUGUGCCACCACCGCCGCAGAGGACACGUGCGCCACCGCCGCAGCAGACGCGUGCACCACCGACACAACCGCCGAUGCGGAAGAAGGGUGCACCACCGCCGCCGCGGAAGAUGCAUGCACCGCCACCACCGGAGAAGACGCGUGCGCCGCCACCGUGGAUGCAACGUGCGCCAUCACCACAAAUACCACGUGCACCACCACCAUCGCACAUAACACGUGCGACACCGCAGAUUUUGCAUGCACCACCACCACUUCCACAAAUGUUUUAUAUGCCACCACCACCACCUGUACUUAUCCGGAGCUAG